UCAUAAUGGAUCGCUGUCGUUUUGCCAAUAAGCGCGUUUGCCUUACUUAUAUUUUAUCAUUUUUGGUGCUUUCAGCCUUUUUCUACGUCUUGAUGACCGGCAGUAGCAGAAAUACCCAAGAUAUUAUACGCCUUCGUGACGAGAUUGAGGAUAUAUCACACAUGAUGACCCAGCAGCAGGAAGAUUGCAAGGAUUCUCAGAUCCAUUACGGUCCUUCUUGCUCGUUCGGUUCCGGGGCGUCCGAAUCCAAACUGAGCGGAUCUGGGAAAUGCGACAAUCGGGACUUGAAUGCUUAUGUGGAUGCCCUGGUGAAGCGCAAGCUAGGACACCUAAUGGACGAUGUAUACAACUUGAAAAAGACGGUCAUGAACUCUGACUGCGCUUCCAGGGCCGGUCCAUCGGGGGCUGCUGGUGAUUCGGGUUCCGAGGCAAAAGUCCGCAUCAACUACGCUUCUGAGGAGCUCGGCGCCAGAGUCUUGAGUGUGGUGGCCACACCCAUUGGUAGCACCAACAUCAUAAAGAAACUGCUGGGACUGGAGUUCAAUGCUAAUCCACCCAUCAAUAUGCUGCGUCCAAGUCUGGCUCCAGGCGCCUGUUUUGGAUUCAAAGGAAGUCGGGCCACCCUGACCCUUCAGCUGGCCAAAUCGAUUAGAGUGGAGGCCAUUGCCAUGUCGCACGUGGCCAAAGAAAUGACUCCUCGUCUGUGCAGCAAUAGUGCUCCAAAGGAUUUUGAUGUUUAUGGUCUACGAGAGGAUUGCCAAAAGAGGGAGCUUCUUGGUCACUGGAAGUACGACAACGAUGCUAAGAAACGCACCCAAAGCUACAAUGUCAAGGCCAAGUUCUCUUUCCGUAAACUAGUCUUUGUCUUCAACUCAAACCAUGGUGCGAAUGCCACAUGUGUCUAUCGCGUUGAAGUUUUUGGAAAACUUAACUAGUGCCGCGAUAUAGUUUUAUUUGUUUGUUUUUGUUUCAAUUUGUUUAGUUUAAUU